CAUUCCGGGUAGAAACAUCGCUAAUGAACACAACAGUCCGCUUCUCCUCCGUUCAGUAAUAAACGCUGUAAUUCGCAGGGUGAAUCAGUGGUCUUUUACUUUAUGUUAAAAGAUUUGUUUAACAAACUGGCGAGUCAAAUGAGAAACCCGGUCCUUUCGGCACAUGUAGAUGCCCAUUACGAUCUAUCCCGCGGUCUGAAGUAAUUUACUUUCAGUUUUCCUACAGGGAAGUUAGCGAUAAAAUUAAGCUCGAUGUGUGAUGAUGGAGGCCAGAGGUGAUGAUGAGUUUGCAGAUCGGCCAAAUACUCAGUCAUCCAGCGCUAAAACAUGCCCAUCGGAGAAGAAUAAUGAGCGGUCCAAUGAUAACACAGAUGUGGAUGAAGAUGGUCUGUUCACACAUUCAACCACUCUGACCAACAAGCAACGUGGGAAUGAAGUUACAGUACGUCCUGCUACUUUAGAUUCUCUGUCCAUUCACCAGCUGGCAGCUCAGGGUGAUGUUUCACAAGUUGCUGCACAUCUGAGUAAAGACAAUUCACUGCUCAGCAAACAGGACGAACGGGGCUUCACUCCUCUCAUGUGGGCAGCGGCCUUUGGAGAGAAGGCGGUGGUGGAUUUUCUCUUGGAGAAGGGUGCAGACCCCAAAACUAUUGCGAGGGAGAGAGAGAGUGCCCUAACGCUAGCCAGUUCUGGAGGCUACGUGGACAUCGUUGAGUCCCUUCUCAGGCACGGAGUAGACAUUAACACUUAUGACUGGAAUGGUGGAACUCCUCUUCUUUAUGCUGUACGGGGAAAUCAUAUCAAAUGUGUAGAGGCACUAUUAGCGAAAGGAGCAGACAUGACCAUCGAGUCUGACUCAGGAUACAGUCCAAUGGCCUUAGCAGUUGCUCUUGGUCACAAAAAAAUCCAGAAAGUGUUGGAGGACCAUAUCCUGAAACUCUACAAAUCACCAACAUGACACUAGAGCAACUAAUAAGUAGAAGAAGAGGACAACCUGACAUGUUUGAUAGUAGACCUACAUCAGGCGUCAUCAGUGAUGAGAUGACUAAGAGCUCUGCUGCAGUUACAAGUCACUGUAAUAGGUCAAUACAUAUGCACAGACACUAACACUGAGUAAACUGCAUUUAUUUCAUUUGUAUGCAUUAGUUUGUAUGCAUAUCAAUGUACAAAAACAAAUGUGGUACAGACAUGCUCUAAAAUACGGGAGUUGUGAGUAAAAUUUGUCAUACAAGGUUUUUAUAUGGAUAUUUCAAUGGAAUGGCGCUUUAUCUUCAAGGCACAAGGAAUAUAUUGAGAGUGUGUGGAGUAUUGUUUCAAGUGCUCUUAUGAUCCCAAGAAAUUUAUUAAACCUACAAUUAAACCCAA